CGUGUCCUUGGACGAUAGCUAACCUGUAUAGUUUAAAAAACCAUGUGCAAAUUGUGGAUUAGUGAUAACCGAGAAUGUUAGUAAACCGAAUACUCAUUUGAUAGAUCGAUGUUUCAAACUUAAAAGUAAUACCUAAUAUAAUAAUUGACGAAAUGUCGUCGUUUAAAAAAUCGUUUGUACAACCAUUUGCUGAAACAUGUGAACCUUACAAGGUAGAAAAUUCAUACUGGAAAAAAUUGACUAGUCCAGUUUUGAUCAAAGAAUUUGGUCCAAUUGAUUAUGUUCACUUUUCAAAAAAGCUACCCUACCAUUUCGCUGUAUCCUGUUCAGCUAGAGUUCAAGUCUAUAAUCCAGUUACUAAAGUUGUUACAAAAAAUCUAAAUAAGUUUAAAGAAGCAGCAUACGGUGCAACAUUUCGCGCAGAUGGACAGUUACUAUGUGCUGGUGGUGAAGAAUCAAUUGUACGCUUGUUCGAAGUCAAUACUAAAUCUAUGCUGAGGCAGUUUAAAGGACAUAAAGCAGCGGUCCACCGUACAUUUUUUACAUAUGAUGGUGUUCACAUUGCAAGCUUCUCAGAUGAUAAAACUGUAUCAUUAUGGGAUAUUGCCAGUCAACAAAUAAGUGGACAUUAUGAAGGAUAUCAUAAUGAUUAUAUCCGGGCUGGAUGUGUUUCUCCAGUUUCUUCAAAUAUUGUUGUGUCUGGUGGUUAUGAUAAAAAAAUCAACAUGUUUGAUUCGAGAACGAAGUCUGUAACUUUUUCAGUAAAUCACGGGGCACCUAUUGAAAGUCUAAUGUUCUUACCUUCUGGCAGUUUACUUGUUUCUGCAGGUGGAACUGAAGUUUGUAUAUGGGAUGUUUUGGCUGGUAAACUAUUAGCAAAACUUACACAAAACCACAAGACUAUCACUGCAUUAUGCUUAGCCAAAAAAGGAUCAGCUAUUGUGACUGCGUCAUUAGACAAACACGUCAAAAUAUAUGAUGUAUCUUCAUUCCAGCUAUCACACGACAUCACAUACCCCAGUGCAGUACUCAGUAUAGAUAUAAGUAGUGAUGAUAGAACUAUUGUAGCAGGUACAGUUGAUGGCAUAGUCAAUAUUACUAAACGUAAGCCAUCAUCAAAACGCAAUGCAGAAAAUAAUAAACGACAAGCUCGAUCUGAAGUUAUUGUUCGCUCUGAUGGAAUUGACUCUAGUGUGCCUUUAAUGCAGGCAGAUCAAAUAGUCAAAUACGAUAGUGCUCUAAGGAAAUUUAACUACAGUCAAGCCCUUGAUAUAGUUUUAUCUCAUACUAUUGCCUUUAAAAAACCUCAUGUCACUGCUUAUGUCUUUGAUGAGCUGUGCAGGAGAAACGGAUUAGUUCAAGCCGUUUCUGGUAGAAAUCAAAAACAAUUAGCCAUUUUACUAAAUUAUUUAGUUAGAUAUAUCGGUGUCAGAAAGUUAUCGAAAACAUUAACACAUGUUGCUUCAACAAUAAUUGAUUGUUAUUGGGAUUCAUUCGAUAAUUGUACACUUGAAGUACGGGCAUUGUUGAUUAAACUUCAAACUGUUGUUGAAAAUGAAAUUUUAUUAACAAAACAAUUCCUGACAAUUGAUAGUUUAGUUAAAAUGUUAGUUAUAAGUUCUGAAAUAUUACCUGAUGGUACUUCUGUGUAACAAGUAUUUUUCAUAUUAAAUAUUUUGCUAUACUGCAGUAUUUUUUUUUACAAAA